AUGCGAACAGACUUACAGGCAUCAUCAAGUCAAAAACCAACAUUCGAAGAAUAUGUAAACGUUACCGAAGAGGAAACAGAAAAAUUUAAAUUGCCUCUUGCAACAUGUUUACAAAAUCAUGGCUUUUUCAAAACAUUUUACAUUCUCGAUCAGUACUUUGAAAAUUACUCUGAUGAUCCGAGUACACUUUACAAUAUGUUUUAUUCGCAUUCGAAAUGUUUAUAUUCACUCGUCAAGGAUAAAGUUAUGGACGAGCAUAGUAGUGAUCAUCAUUUAACAACAAAUACAUCACCACCCCAAGACCAAAUCAACUUGGAAAGAAUUGAACAAUUCCUUCAGUUCAUGUAUAGAGCUGAUGUUGAAUGCGAGAGCACGCGCGAAACUUUGGAAAGAUUGAGAAUUGAACAGAAUAUUGACCCUUUUGAAUCGGAUGACGAAAUGAUUGAAUUUGUUUUUGAGCAUGGACCGUAUUUUGAUAGGGAGCGAAACAAAUUCAAGCAAGUAUUAUUGGAUACGAUUCAAUACUAUACUGUUACGAAUAGAUCAAAGAAUUAUCGAUUUGAUUUUGAGAUCCUGUUGGGAUUUUACAGGUUAUUGUUUGAGAGACAUAACUAUUUUGCUCCACCGCGAUCAGAUCCAUGUAAGGCAGUUCAAGAUUCGAUGGGGGAAACUGACUUGUACACUGAAUUGAUGGAAGAAUGUGGAUUGACUGUGCCACAGCAGCAGUAA